GAGAAGCCUCAAACAUAUCCCGGUGUUCCAGUGACAGAGUUAAAAGUAUCGCGACUCAGGAACAUGCAGAGAAAUCGAUAUUUUCGUGGCUCGAACGAUUUAAACAGCCUAGUGAACUUUUUAUCCGGAAACUUAUUCCCACUCGGCGAUAAAGGAAAAGAGCUCGGUUUUCUAUCUCGUUUGUGGGUAAUCAUAGCGUGGAGCAUUAAAGUUACUUAUUUUACAUCCUUAUUAUUGGGCACCUUUUAUUUUGCGGAAUUAACAACGGAAGAGGUGUUCAAAAGGAUAGGCGGAAUGUGCGCGCUCUUCGUUGAGCUGAUCGUCCCAACGGCCUAUCUCAAUUUCCGGAGGAAAGAGUUGGAGAGUUUAAUUGAUCAGUACAAUCUCAUUCUCAUCGAUUCGGAUGACUUAAGGCGCUGCGUACACGACACUCUGGAGCCUUACAAAAAAGGCCUGAAGUUUUACAUGGUCGCUUGUUUUACCCCAGCUUGCGCGUGGUCUGCAGCACCAUUGCUCCAACUUAUAAAUAACGAUCAAUUUAGCUACGCCGAUUUCACUAUACCGGCCUACGUACCCGGCGAACCUUUUGGAAAAGUGGUUUUUGCUGCUGGUGUUAUUUUUCAAAUUUUUGGCUGCUGCUCCAUCAAUUUAGGAAUAAUCAGCGUCGAUCUUUACGUCAUUCAUUUUAUUGCUGUCCUAGCAGCUCAAUAUGAAUUCGUAAGUGAAGAAGUAACGCGAGCUAUUCGCGAUGAGAAGGAGGAAAAAAAAGAACAGGACGUCAUCGACGCUCUCUAUCAAUGUAUACGCUAUCAUUGUUCCGUGGUUCGAAUCGGUCAGAGGCUCGCCCGAGUUCUGGCAUUUUAUAUCGGCGCAACGUAUUUCAGUUGCAUAUUAAAAUUCUGUUUCCUAGCAAUUGGAGCGUUUACAUUAGGAAGCACUAACGUCGAGAAAUUCUCAUACCCAGUCUUCGUUUGUGGCUGUAUUGUACAAGUUUUUCUGAUCUGCUCUUCCGUUGAAAAUUUACUUACCAAGAGCACGUCCGUGACUGAAAAUGCGUUCUAUGAAAACUGGUACACACGGAGUGCUGAGGUAAAAAAAAUUUUUUCCAUUAUGGAAGUGACCAAUCAAAUGGAGUGCCGAAUGAGUGCUUAUGGAAUCGUUGAACUCGUCGUGCCCACAUUAGCAUUGUUCGAAAGUGCUAACAUUGAAAAAGCUGCCUACUUAUCGUACGCUUUAGCUUGUGUGCUUCAGAUCUUUUUGCUGUGCUCGUGUAUUCAAGAAUUACUCGAUGUGGUUAGCUUUUUUCAACAUUCACCAAUAACGAAUUAAUAUUCCACGCAAA